UUUGCGGUCUGAACUGACCUCGAAAUAUCAACUGCACACCGCAAUCCAUUCCUUCGCUUUUCGACAACUUCAUCGAAAGGUGACCCGGGCAGUCCAACCGCAAAUAUGGCUGACACCGAAUACAACGCCGAGGAGGCCGCAGAGAUCAAGAAGAGAAGAACAUUCCGAAAGUUCUCAUACAGAGGUGUCGAUCUCGACCAACUGCUGGACAUCCCAUCCAACGAGCUCCUGACCAUCCUUCAUGCCCGCGCCCGCCGUCGAUUCAACCGAGGCCUCAAGCGCCGCCCCAUGGGUCUGAUCAAGAAGUUGCGCAAGGCGAAGCAGGAGGCAAAGCCCAACGAGAAGCCCGACUUGGUCAAGACGCAUCUCCGAGACAUGAUCAUCGUGCCCGAGAUGAUUGGCAGCGUCAUCGGUGUCUACUCCGGCAAGGAAUUCAACCAGAUCGAAAUCAAGCCCGAAAUGGUCGGUCACUACCUCGGCGAAUUCUCCAUCUCAUACAAGCCCGUCAAGCACGGUAGACCCGGUAUCGGUGCUACCCACUCUUCGCGUUUCAUUCCAUUGAAGUAAACCGACGAUUUGGAGAAGGAUUGCGAGGGGAUUGCGUAUGUCUGUUUUAUCGACGGGAUGUGGAAAGGUGGCGGUGGCCAGGUAGACUGAAGUCGCUUCCAAUGACCGUCAUGAAAGUCGGUCACAGGUUGAGAAGGCACAAGACCCAGAUGCCAGAAGAUGACAAGCCAAGGUGGUCACAGACUGCAAUCGAUAAUGGAAGAAUUUGA